CGCGCCUGCUCGCAGCGCAGCGCAGCGCAGAGGCCAUGGCGGGGCUGGAGCUGCUCCACGCCUGGGCACGGCCGGGCCUGGCCCGCCCGCAGGACGCUUUGGUCUGCGCCCUUCACUGGGAGCUCAUCCGGCACGGCUACCGCUGCCUCGGCGCCGGCGACCAGCCAGGUCCUGAUGAAAGGAAGUCAGAGCUGCUGCCUGCUGGCUGGUCAGCCAACAAGGAGGUGUAUACCCUGCGCUACAAGUCCCUGGAUGAUGCCCAUGAGCUGCUGCUGAAGGCCAUCACCGUGGAAGACAGCAUGAUUCUCAAUGCCAUGGACCUCAGUUCUCAGAAGGUGGCAGAUGUGACCUUGACAGUGGCUGACUACAUCAACCCAGAGCACCUGGAUGAUUUCCACAAGCUGUACAGGAACACGGAGGAGCUGAGGACAAGGAUCUCUUCAGGCAUCAUUGCCCCCCUGGGGGCCCCCUCAGAGAAGGCCAGGAAGGAGGCAGAGGCUGAGGGGAAGGAUCCUGACCUGCUCCGGGACGCAGCCCCACCGCGGCUCCCUGCGCGGCAGCCGGCAGGCCCCAGGGCACCAGCCUGGCCUUCCCCCUUGAGCCCCUUUGCUGUUGGUGGGGAAGACCUGGACCCACUUGGAGGCAGAGGUGGGGGAAUGAUUGUGGAUCCUCUCCGGUCUGGCUUCCCAGGGCCUGGCACUGAGCCCUCCUCAGGCAUCCCAGGCCGGCUGCCGCCAGGAGCUGUGCCACCAGGUGCCAGGUUUGACCCCUUCGGCCCCUUGGGAGCUGGCAGAUCCAGGCCAGAUCCUGACCACCUCCCCCCGCCGGGCUAUGACGACAUGUUCAUGUGAGGAGCCCCCCCGGGGCUCAUGGCUGUGCCCACAGCAGCUCCAGCCAAGCAGAAGCUCUUCUCCCUCUUCACUCCCAGCUCAGUGGACUUGGAUCUUCUCAGCAGCAUUUCUUUUCUCCCUGCUGGGGCCACCUCCCAGUGUCAGACCAAGCUAUAAAAGCUUCCCUGUGUGGAGGAGGAGGAGGCAGGGGGGUCCCUUUCUUUCCAUGCUUCCCUGCAGGUGCCCAGCAGUUGGUACCCAGCUGAAGUGCUCCUGCCCUUGUGUGGUGUGGCAGCGUGGGGUGCAGCCUGGCCUGGGUGCUGUGGGCUGUCUUGCUCUGCUCUGGGCUGGCACUGCUUUGGCUGCUGGGUGGGUUGGUUGUGGUGGUAAAGGCAGAGAAAUGCUGCCCUGGGGCAGCUGGAGCAUCCCCUGCUUCUCCCCAGGGCUCCUGCAUGGCCCCCCCAUGUUCACAGGAGCUGGUUUGGAGCCAAGAUGUGGCUCUGGGGCUUGUGGUCCCCCAUCCCCGGGGGGGUUGGUUGGUGAAGCUGUGCAUGGAGCUGGCCUCUUGCUGCUGCUGUGCUGGGGAGCUGCAGCAGCCACCAGAGGCCACAGGCAGAGCAGGAUCCCCCUGCAGGGAUGGCUUCUCUUGCUCUGUGUCCCAGCCAGGCUUGAUCAGUGUGAGGGGCUGUGAUGGACAGGCCCUUGGCAUCAGCUGAGAUCAGCUUUCCUCCUGGCUGUGCCCACUGGCACCACCAGCAAAGCUUUGAGAAGAGAGAGGCUUUGAAUUCCUGCCCCAGCUUGCCCCCCUCUGCCCCCUGCAGCUGUGUUCUCCAUUCCUGGGGGGCACACAAAGCCCUGGGAGCAGGCAGGGGGGCUGGGGGGCGAGGGUGCUGGGUACCUGCCCGACCUGCCAGGCCCAGCUUUGGCUCUCCUGGCACAGCAGAGCUGAGCCUGGCACCGAGCUGGCUCCCUUCUGGGGGGGUUGCUUUGCUCUUGGAACACAUUUUCCUACCAGCAGUCCUUUGCAGGAGGCUAAGGGUGGUUCUGCCUGGCUGAACCCUGCCAGACCCCUCGGGGUGGGGGUGGAUGGGAUCAGUUGGGCUCCUUCUGGAGCCCCCUUCCCAGGACAGAGCUAAUUCUGGGGCUGCAGCUCCUCUGUCCUGCCAGAGCUUCCUGGGUUUUGCUGGGGUCUGGGGUGGUUUUUCUUCUCUUCUCAUGGUUUGAUUUAUGUUUUUGGAAGGGAUUUUCAGGAGCCUGAAAUAAAACCCCUGA